GUGUAAAGAAGAGCAGUGCUGCUAGCUAGAAGUGUAGGGAUCAGGGGAUGGAUAUACUAAAGGAGCUGUUCGGCACCAGCGACGAGCUGCAGAUCAGCAAGAGCCUGUUUGGAGGAGACGGCGGCGCUGGUUCUGAGGAGCUGGUUCUCGAUAAUCCGCCUGUGAGUCCGUCACGUGACUACCUCUCCAGUAGACCCCUCCCACUCCUUCCGGCAGAGCCACGCCCCCAAAUUGCAGCGACAUCGUUGCUAAUUCGGAGCCAAUCAUUGGACGAUUUACACGCUCCCUCUAGUAAUGACGUCGACAACCUUUUCAGACCCGAUGUUCUGAGAGCUCAGUCGGUGUUUCCUCAACUGUCUGAGACUGGAUCCAGUAAUCACGUCAACCUGCAUAAUGUUCCUCACGAGAUGCCAAUGUACCUACUGGAAGACGACGAAGGAAACGAUGAAGAAAUAAUGAGACUACUGGAGACCACAACGGACUCCACUCCGAACCGUAGUGGUACCUCCAGUGGCACUGGUGGUACUCCCAGUGGUACCGCCACACCACCAAACGGAAUAUGUAGUAGGAACGUCACAAUAGAGAUGGUUGCCAUGGAAAUUGUCGCCAUGGAAACCGACGAGUCACUCGGGGACGAGGACAGAGUUGUCGUGGAAACGGAAGAGGCGGGGUCGAUGGACAUCGGUCCUGUGCUAGAAGACGAAAACAUGGGACCUUUUGUGGGUAUGAGUGUGGAGGUGACUGAAAUAGAUGAGUCUUCUGCUGUAGCCGUCCACGAAUCAACAUCAGAAAUGGCAUCUUCUCGCCUGUCUCCUUCCUCUCCCUCUCCUCCUCCACUCCCUUCUCCCCCUCCCGUUUCUCUCCCCGCUCCCUCUCCAAAGACCGUCGUCUCGCUCGAAACUCAGACACCAUCUGAAACUAUUUCUUUGUCCUCUCAGUCUCCUUCUCCUACUUCCUCAACCUCUCCUCCCUCUCCGAAGAGUGUCAAUACUCAACCAUCAUCUAGCCCUGCCUCUAGAACUUCUCAUCAAACAAGACCACCAUCUUCAAGCCUCGCUCCAUCUCCCUCACUGAAUACACUGGUACCUCCAGUAACCCAAAAAUCUUCCCUAACCCCAGCUCAUGAUGUCAACACAACCACUUCCAUCAAACUCAGCAACCGACUCUAAUCUUUACUCCCUCUCUCUUCUCCCUCUCUGAGGACAUUGGCUUCCUGCCAAAGUGAGCCAUCGACCAUUACCCUCUCUCCCUCCCCCUUACCUGCCACAGCCCCUCUCCUUUCUCCUCUUCUCUCUACCAAAGUCCUUAUUCCUUCUUCUACUAGCUCACCAUCGUCUUCUUACUCUGCCAAUGUAACUUCACCUAGAGGUGUUUCGACCUCAUCAAGAACCCAUGCAGUUCCAGAGGAAACGAGUGCGGUCACCACGGCAACAACUGAUAUCACCACGGAAACGAGUGUUAUCGCAGUGGCAAAGACCACACCUACCUUCGUCGCUAGCCUCAAUAUAGCACAUCUCCCUACCAUCAUACCAGUUGGUAAUCCACCAUCAGCUACUGCUCUUUCCUCACAUCUUCCUCCAGCAUUGGCUGGUAGUAGACCUCUGCUGCCAUCAGACCAUCUUCCUUAUUCUCCUCUAGACACACCCUCCCAGUUUCCAUGACGACACGUCCGACUCAACUCUGUUUCCAUAGCAACCAGACCAGGGGUCAAAGUCUGUCGCCACCUCAAUCCAUCGUUCGUUCGAAAUCUCCCCUUCCUCUCUCCCUCCCCCUCUCACCCCCUCUCCUCUCACUUCCACUACAUCAAGCCACGCCCCCUCCAACGAGUAUGCAGCAAAGCAUUGACCAACUCCGUCUUCAGGUGAGGCUUCAGAGUCAGAAACUAGAACAAGCUCUCAAAUCUUUCCUCCCUCAACCGAAACACAAGCCACACCCACCAACUGUUAGCCUUCCGGUUGCAUCUUUGGUUGCCAUGGCAACAUCACCGUUGCCCCCGACGACGACAACUGUGUCGGUUUCGUACCCCUCCCUGAGGAAAGCAGGUUUCAUGGGGAACAGUAGAGUUGAAGGGGUUAAAGAUGCGUCGUCGUUGGAGACGACCAAUAAGGAAAGGGGCAAUAGUGAUUUAACCCUUGUCUCUACCUCUUCCAUUGCUGUACAAGCUAGCUCAACGGAGCGAUCCACUAAUCUCCCAGUUUCUAUGGCUACCGAACAAACCACACCCCCUCAGCCUCCUGAACAACAAAUUUCUGUAAACAGUCAAGGAUCGGCUGGUAGCCAUGAUGACAUGAUCCGUGAAAGCAAUGCAGAUGAUGAAAAGGAUAUUAUUAGUAAUGAAAAGUGGGUGUGGCAGUUUCCCUACUGUCUCCACCUCACUAGAAACAGCAAGUGUGUCUAGUGAUACAAUCGUUGAUGGGGAAUCCCCUGGAACUAGUUGUCAUGGAAACAAUGUAACUCCAACUGUUGUAGGGAAGGCAAAAUGUGUCUGUGGCGGUACAAACCAAAACCAUGGCAACCAGUCAGAGCAUGGAAACGGUGACCACAGCCAAUACAUUCCAUCAUCACCUAAACUGCUGUCUCCCCUGACCCCAUUCCGUUCCACGUUCUCGGUAUGUGUCCCGGACAUGAACUGGAGAGUCCAGCCUUUCGGGUCAGUUCUUGGGAUGAAGGCCCUACCAAUCACCAUCUUGCCUCCCUCCCCCUCCUCCUCCUCCUCCUCCUCUUCUUCUCUCUCUGACAACUCUGGUGUGAGAGGGUCAGCGACAUCAUCAGGGGCCUCCUCUGGAGGUCCAGUGAGUGCUGAUAGUGAGCCUCAGACACAGAGAGCCAAACGAAGAAGAAAUGGCGGAGGAUGGCCGAAGGGGAAGAGGAGGAAGGUCGUCGAGAAUAAUACCCCAAAACCACCGUCCACUGCCUACAGUCUGUUUCUCUCAGAGCAACGGCAGAAAGGGAAAUUUGACUCCAUGUCCAUGUCACAGCUCUCCAAGACCAUUGGGAAGAUGUGGGGCCAGCUGCCACCUCAGGCAAAACAGGAGUAUCAGGAGAGAGCAGUGAAGGACAGAGAGAGGUACCUGAAUGAUCUCAAGACACAUCUGACACAGAAACAGAAAGAAAACUCGUCCUGUAAUCUGGAAUCUGUCAACGAUGUCCUGAACAGUCUCGUGUCGACGGCCGAAGAUAACAGCGUCCUGCUCUGCCACCUCUGUAAACUGACAUUCAACACUCUUCACAACAAACACUGCCACUUCAGCAGCCGCACACACACAGACAGUCUCCUGAGAGAGAUGACUAGAGUUAUGAGUCUCCAGCAAAAGAUUUCACCACCGCCGGGGGGAAAUGGUGGCCAGGACGGUCUCCAUUCCGUUCCACAUGGAACGGAAUGUGGGUUGGGGAACGGAGUGGAGUCACGUGGGGAGGAAUGUGAUACGGAACAUGGGAAUAAGACCGUCAGGGAAAAUGGAACGGAAUCGAGACAAUGUUCACAAGACGCUACUGGUAUGGGGAUGGAAUUGGAUUCGGUGGAAUGUGGUGAUGGAAUGUCAACAGUAGACGAUACUGCAAGGAAUGAUGAAGAGGGGGUGGGAGGUCAAAAGGUCGUUGCCGUGGGAGAGGACUGUGGUAUGGAAGAUGGGAAUCAGACAGUUCCAGCGGUUUCUGAUAUCACGCAACUGGAUGUCCCAUCGGACAAUGGGACUGCCCCAUCUGGUGAUGCUCCCGUCCACCAAACCAAUAAUGAUGAUGUUAGAUAUUCACAGACUGAUGAAGCCGUCCCUGGUAACAGUCCAGGUUCCAUACCAAAUCCAGAUUCGCAGCUAGUGGAAUGGACUCGGGACUAUGCAGGAAUGCUGACUCGGCUCAAAGAACAUGCUGUUGCCAUGCAACCACCCACCCCAAUCGGAACCAGUCAAACCAGUUUUCUAAACCAGUUCCGGGAACAGGAGCAAGACCUGUUUAAACACAUUGACUCUCUUCUCUCUCUCCUCCUCCGCUAGCUGACACCAUGAAUAUGUUUGUUCCAAAGGUAUAUUUUUCACUUGCCUUUGAUCUGGCAUUAAAAUACACCAUGUCACAAUAAUGAUAAACAGAUCAAUAACAUCUGUAUAAUAUUUUCUUUAGAAAUUUUGAGUUUUGAAGUUUGAAAACUGUUUUAGCCCAUGCCGC